AUGGCAGUGCGCUGCCACCGCCGGCCGUCAAGCCGGACAUCGUCGACGGCACGGCCGGUCGAUGGCGAUGACGUCAUCGAGGCGCCGGCGCCGCGGCCGGUCGCCGGCGUCAAGAAACACAUCGGGCUCCACGUCUACUACCGCUUCGCAUGCUCUCACCUCACCCAGGCUAGGGUAUACCGGGAGAAGGAGAACCACGUCAACCUGUACGCUGUCCUCCUAAGAUUCUUGAGAUUGCUCCUUCACACGAUUCUGAAGCAUCCUGACUACCGGACCGACAACUCUAGUGUCAAGUUCUUCAUCGAGAAGACACUGUUGGAAGUUAUCGGUGAGCUAGAGUAUCUGAAGCCAAUUGUGCAGCAGAAGCGGCAACAACAGCAAAGAAACCAACAAGAAAAGACUACGGAGGACAACAUAGGCAGUGCCACGGAACCUCUCAAUCUAACUGGAAAUAAUGCUGAAAUUGUUAGGACAUUUCAGCACACCACAAGCUCAAAUAAGCCUCAGCCAUUGGAUGCAAGUGGUACUACGUCGUCACUGCAAAAGGUUGAGCCUAUUAUCCACUCCGACGCGCCGAUUCUAAAAGACUUAGUGCCAGCUAAAUUGAACCAAGAUGACCUAGAUGGCCAUAGUUCAACAUCUCAGUAUAGCCCCACAAAUAGCCAUGAUAGCAGAUGUUCUGUAUCGCCUGAAGAAUUGAUAAGUCGUUUUCUAAACGAAGCUGUGGAAAAUACUACAAAAAGUUUAGAAACAUGUGGGAUCAUUGCUGGCACCUUGCGAGUGGACAUGGAUGUUAAAUACUUUAUUGCCACGGACUUGAUAAUUCCAAAGCAGGAAUCAACAAGUUAUUCGCGUGAGGCUACAAAUGAAGAAGAAAUACUUGACAUUUUCGAACAACUGGGUUCACCAUCUCAUCUGGGUUGGAUUCAUACACAUCCAACACAGGAGUGCUUCAUGUCUUCUGUUGAUCUCCAUAAUCAUUACUCCAAUCAGAAGGAUCUCAGAGAAGCAUUUGCGAUAGUUGUGGCACCUUCAAAACGAGAACAAAAUAUAUUUCAUCUAACUGUCCCAGAUGGUAUGGAUGAAAUUGGCGAUUGCGACGACAGAGGAUUCCAUCCACAUGACAGGACAACUUAUGAAGAGUGCUCCCAUGUCAAGUGGGACUCUACCAUAUCGCUUCAUAAUGUGGUUGAUCUUCGAGAGUGUUGA